AUCCCACUUGACAGUUGUUUUGCCCCUCUAUCUCUUCUUCAAACACUUUUCUUUUUUUUUUUUUCAUUCCUCUAUUUUUUUCUCUCCUCGCAACUCUCUCCAAGAGAUAGCUGUUUCUCUCCGAUGGCGUCGCUCAUUGAAUCCGGAUGGCAGUAUCUGGUCACCCAUUUCAGCGAUUUUCAGUUGGCUUGUAUUGGAAGUUUCAUCCUUCAUGAGAGUGUCUUCUUCUUAUCAGGACUCCCUUUUAUAUUCCUUGAGAGGCUUGGAUACCUUAGCAAGUACAAGAUUCAGGCAAAAAAUAAUCCUCCUGAAGCUCAGGAGAAAUGCAUAACGCGGCUGUUGUUGUACCAUUUUUGUGUCAAUCUUCCAGUGAUGCUCUUAUCUUAUCCUGUCUUCAGAGCUAUGGGGAUGCGAAGCAGUCUUCCCCUGCCAUCCUGGAAAGAAGUGGUACCUCAAAUAGUUUUUUAUUUCAUCCUUGAAGAUUUUGUGUUUUACUGGGGACACAGGAUACUGCAUACAAAGUGGCUAUAUCAGCAUGUUCAUAGUGUACAUCAUGAAUAUGCCACACCGUUUGGACUGACUUCUGAAUAUGCUCAUCCAGCUGAGAUAUUGUUCCUCGGCUUUGCAACAAUUGUCGGACCAGCUAUCACAGGUCCACAUUUGUUUACUUUAUGGUUGUGGAUGGUCCUUAGAGUUCUUGAGACCGUUGAGGCGCAUUGUGGUUAUCACUUUCCUUGGAGCCCAUCAAACUUCAUUCCGUUAUACGGAGGUUCUGAUUUUCAUGACUAUCAUCAUCGGUUGCUGUACACUAAGUCUGGAAAUUAUUCAUCAACAUUUAUGUACAUGGACUGGCUCUUUGGUACUGAUAAGGGUUACAGAACACUGAAGGCACUGAAGUCUGCUGAAGCUGACGGUAAGAAAAUGUAAGAAACCGAAGAAUUCACUUUUGGUGCCCAAAUCUUUUGUUUCGUGGGAGGGGAAUGGAUUAGCAGUCAACAUGAUUUAGUCUUCUCAAUUCUAUUCCUUUAAUCUUUGUCGUCAGUAGAGACGACCGCGACCCUGUUUAGUGUUUCAUUACCAUUUUGUUUGAGGUGUGUUGGCGGUUAAAACGCUUGUGUUUCUUCUCUUCCAUUUAAAUAUGAAAUUGUUGGUUUCAUUUAAAAUCUGUUAUCACCUGUUACUUUGAAAUUGUGUUGAUGUACUCACACAGUUUGUGGUGUGUGAGAUUGUUUGUAGAAGGCUUGUACAAUCAAAGAUUGUGGACUGAUAUUUUUUGUUAACUUGAGGACCUGUUGGGUGCAAUAUCAUGAUUCAUAUGUAAAUACAUGUGAUUUUAC